GAUGCCUAUGCAAAUCCAGUGAGAGAAGAACCUUAACACGGGGAGAGAGCAGGUCGCAGGCACAGGCUCUUAGCCACCAUGCUGAAGUCAAACAAGACAAUAGUGAUAGUGUUCCUGGCAGUUCAGUCGAUUGUUUUCAUCUGCUUCCUCUCUCAGCUUCGCAGCAGCUAUUCCCCCCAGGAAGAGAAGCCAGCUCAGGUGCACAUCCUCAUUCUCUCCUCCUGGCGGUCAGGAUCUUCCUUCACUGGCCAGCUCUUCAGCCAGCACCCUGAUGUCUUCUACCUGAUGGAGCCUGCCUGGCAUGUGUGGACAGCCAUGUACCAGAACAGGGCCAAAGCCUUACAGAUGGCAGCACGUGACCUCAUCAGGUCUGUCUUUCUGUGCGACAUGUCUGUGUUUGAUGCCUACAUGUCUACACAGAGGAAUAAAUCUGAUUUAUUUCAGUGGGAGGCCAGCCGGGCCCUGUGCUCCCCCCCUGCAUGUGACUACUUCCAGCGCAACCACAUCAUUUCCAAAACUGCCUGCAAGACCUUCUGCAGCAGGUACCCAUUCAGCAAGGUGGAGGAAGCUUGCAAGACCUAUAGCCACACAGUCAUCAAGGAGGUCCGGUUCUUUGAUCUGACAGUUCUCUAUCCCCUUCUCACUGACCCCUCCCUGAAUCUCAAAAUCAUUCACUUGGUUCGCGACCCCAGGGCUGUGUUCCACAGUCGUGAGAAAACAGUGGCUGCUCUGAUAAACGACAAUAACAUUGUGGUGGGGCCCCAGAAGAACCAAGAGGAGAGGGGGCCCUACAACGUGAUGCAGGAAAUCUGUAAAAGUCACAUCCGGAUUUACACUGAAGGCAGCCAGGCCCUUCCCAGCUUCCUCAAAGGCCGCUACAUGCUGGUGCGCUAUGAAGAUAUUGUCAGCGAUCCCCUGGCAAAGGUUGCACAGAUGUAUAAGUUUGCAGAGCUCCACCUCAAACCCAAACUUCAGGUGUGGGUAUACAACAUCACUCAUGGGAAAGGCUCAGGGAUGCAGGCCUUUGACAUCGACUCCAGAGAUGCAGUGAAUGUGUCCCAGGCCUGGAGGAAGAACCUGCCCUUCCAGAAAAUAGCAAAGUUGCAAAAUGUGUGCAAAGAUGCCAUGGACCUAUUGGGUUAUCGACUAGUGAUGUCUGAGGAAGAACAGAAAGAUAUGGCACUGAACCUGUUAUUUACCCAGGGCCUUCCACCCAGUGACACGGGGAGCUGAAUUUAGAAAAUUUGCCUCCUGUUUGUCAGCUGAAGGCUGCAGAAUUCAGAACUGUGUGCACAAGUGAAAAUAUAUGUGUGUGUGCGCGCGUGUGUGCGCACGUGUACAGAGUGAAACUAGGGUUACCAUAUUUCAACAAUCAAAAAAGAGGACGGG